CUUUGCUAAAGCCACUGAGAGAAACCGGAGGGCUGAUCGUUACUGACAGCGACCCUGAGGAGAGAGAGGGAGAGAGAGAGACAGAGAGAGCAGAAAUCAGAGAGAAGAGGAGGAGAGAGACUGAAGCUGCUGAAACGGAAGUGUGUGAGCGUGUGCAUGCGUGUGCGUGGAGUCUAUCACCAGCAGCAGAAAUCGGUGCUGUCCGAGGUCCUGAAGACACUCCAUCUUGACCUCUUGCUUGACCUCCUGGAGAAAUGACCGUUGCCAGACUGCUGCUCGGCCUCGCCUAUGUUGCCACUUUCUUCACUACAUUUGUCUGGUGUCAAGAGGGGGCAUGUCUGCAGGACGGGAGACACAAAGCCACACCCAGUCCAGAGCCCUAUCUGAAAGAGUGCUCAAUGUACACGGAGAAUGCUUGCUGCUUAGAGCAGGACAUUGAUGACCUCACUUCGCCCCCUGCUGGUGCUGACAGUGCCCCGUGGGACAGGUGUGGUACACUCAGCCCUGUCUGUGAGGCCUUCCUGAAGAGGGUGGUCUGCUUCUAUCGCUGCUCUCCCCAUGCUGCUCACUGGCCACACCCCCAGCGAGACUCCUUCCUGAAGGCAGUGCCGCUGUGCCACAGCUUCUGUAGAGACUGGUACGAAGCAUGUAAAACUGACCUAACCUGCGCUCGGGACUGGGCCGGAGACCCAAGAGGACAGAACUGCACCGGCAGCUGUGUACCUUACCAACAGAUGUAUCAGCAUGGGCGGGACCUGUGUGAGAGUCUCUGGGGCGACGCCUUCAUGACAGUGGAGGAUGAGGCCGGUGAGGAAGACAGGGUCGAAGGUCAUGGCUGCGGCUGUUUAACCCUCAGCCCUUCAGAUCGUGAUGUCAUCGCCGCCCUGAGAGCACAGAAGGAUAACCCAGAUGAGCUGGACACCACCAAAAGCGGCCUGCCCCAGUACCGGGCGCCCUGUGCCCAUGCUGCUGCAGCCCCCCCACAGACCCGGAGCAGCAAUGCGAAUUCAGUCCUGCGCAAACGCUCGGUUCCCAUUCAUGACACAGAGGGCAGCGGCAGCGGCUUCUAGAAUCUUCCUCUCCUGAAUCAUCUUCCUUAUCUUCCUGAAUCAUGAGCAGUGGACCCCAAACCUGGGCCUGAUUUCCCCCUGCCCUGCGAUUUUGGCAUUUUUUUCUAUUUUUCAUCUAAACCAUUUGAAAUUGUCCACUCUUAAAAAUAAAGGUGUCAAACAAGCGUUUCUGGAAGUUCAAAGGUGUUCCACAUAAUGUAAAGGUUCUAUAUUAUUUCGGUGUAUUUUUCAGGUCUUUCACAUUUCAAACAGCCUGCCCCCAAAUAUACACCCCAAAGCAGAUGUAGUUUUUCAGAAGUUCCUCCCACCUUCAAGACAGAAUUUUUUUUUUGGGGGGGGGGGUUGUUCUUAGUCUGGUCUGAGGGUCCCUCUAAGGGUGGAGUAUGAACAUUUAUGUUGAAAGGCCCAAUAGAAA